AUGCCCCUUCAUAACGACGCCCCAUCAUCUGGUCCCAACCACAGCCGGGCUGGGUAUCCUAUAGGGCAUGGAGCUGCUCGGUACAGCAAUGGCUUCUCCAACGCCUCCCUUGGCCAAAGCCAUAAUCACGAAUCACGGCCACUGAAACCGGGAAUCUACGUACCAACGGUAGCCUUCUUCGAGGAAAUAUCUGAAGAAUUGGACCUAGAUACCAUUUCCAACCAUGCGAUUCGUAUGGCCAAAGCAGGGGUUGCUGGGUUGGCAACCCAAGGUUCGAACGGCGAAGCAGUCCAUCUGUCACACCACGAGCGAAACUUGGUAACCAAAACAACACGGGAAGCUCUUGAUAGAGAGAGGUUUCUUCUUGUUCCUAUAAUGGUGGGGUGUGGAGCGCAAUCUACACGAGAGACUAUCAGCCUCUGUCAGGAGGCUGCAGCGUCUGGAGGCGACUAUGCAUUGGUACUUCCACCAGCAUAUUAUAAAGGCCUCUACAAACCUCAGUCAACGAUCGAAUUCUUUACAGAUGUGGCAACAGCAUCCCCGAUCCCAAUAUUAGUUUACAACUACCCGGGCGGCGCGGCGGGCAUAGACAUGGAUUCUGAUACAAUCAUCGAACUGGCAAAACACCCAAAUAUUGUUGGCUGCAAGCUUACCUGUGGCAAUACAGGAAAGCUGAAUCGGAUAGCAGCAGGGACUAAAGCUAGCAGAGUAUCAGAUGAUGGCUCAGGAUUUAUGUGUAUGGGUGGAUCUGCAGAUUUCACCAUGCAGACUCUAAUUGGCGGCGGUUCAGGCGUUAUCUGCGGCCUAGCAAACAUCGCCCCCAAAGCCUGCGUCAAGAUCAUUGAGCUUUACAAGGCUGGGAAACACAUUGAGGCCCAAGAGCUACAAGCGGUUGUGGCCCAGGGGGAUUGGAUUGCAAUUCAAGGAGGCGUGGUUGGUACUAAAAGUGGCCUGCUAUCUCACUUUGGAUACGGUGGAUAUGCGCGUAAGCCUCUUCCGAGUCCGACACAACAGGAGGCUUUGAGAUACUCCGAAGGCUUCAAGGAGCUGGUGGCUGUCGAAAAGGCCCUUUGA